AGAGCACAAUCCUUUCGCUUUGUAAAAUUUGCCAUCGCCCUGCGUAUCAGUCUUCCUCAACGGUUUGGCAAGGAACCUCAUCCAGUGGCAGAUUUCUUCAUUGGGAUCGUCUUUUGGAUGAAAACAAACAUAUUGAGUGCCAUUGAACGAGGCAGCCAGCGAAAUUCGCGUCGUAACAUUCGCUUUUUUACUGGACGCUACUGCAAAUCAAAAUCCACAGUAUUUUAUCUAAUCAAAAUAAAAUCGAAAAAUUAAGCGAUACUGACUUGGGACGUGAACGCGUCCCUGCAGUUGUGAUCUUGUUUCGUUCGUAUAGAUGCUACCCAGGAUGGUCCCACGAGCUUCAAAAAAUGUGAUAUUCAAGUAGUAAUUGCUUUUCUCGUCCACGUGUAUUGUACCCGAAAAAUCAGCAAGUUCGGAUGAAUGUCGCUGGAUUUUCGGACGAGUUUCUGUUAUCACAUGCAUAGUGACAGACAGCCCCUCGGCAUGUUGUACAACAACGGCUCGGUCUGUAUAUGUGGCGGAAUCGAUCCAUGGGUCCGAAGACAUGGAUCUGCCCAUGUCGAUAUGGAGUGCUUUUCCGUCAUUGUUGUUCAACACAAAGUAAUUAGCAUCGAAUGCUGUGUAGUAGGUCUGUUCAAGGCAAUUGGUGAAGUACACAUUAUGGGCUUGGCGAAUAUUAAUCGAUCCUCGUCUGAUGUCCCAUUCACCGUCAACAAAACGGAACCAUCCGAGCUUUUCCAACGAAGUCUCCCCAAUGUCGUUCAUAAUCACGUAACCGUAAACUUCCGAAUCACCAUUUUCAAUGUAGUACAUGCCGGGUUGCAUUUCUCGAAAAGCCCGAUUAGCGGUGACUUCAAGUCUCAUUUUGUGUCGUCGGUGAUGGCUCCAAGAGGAGUAACCCUGAUUCAGGAAGACCGGUACGAUCUCCUCUAA